UAAACAGUGACGCUCAUGCUGCUGGAAAAUAGUUGUUUUGAACUUGGUAAUUCAUUGCGAAUGUUCAAUAGUUUCCCUACAAAAUAAUGCUCUAUAAUUAGUAAACUGACAUUUGUUUCUUGAACAAUUUCUGAUAGACAAUGUGCUUGAGCUACUUCUAAUUGGUCAUGGAGGACGCAUCUGGGAUUAGCCUUUGAAGUUGGUAACACUGAAAAAUGAAGUGAAACAGACAAUCAUUUUAGUCAAUUCUUUUCCAGAAUGAGAGUGCUUAAAGAGGAGGAUGCUAUUCAUGUGGCACAGCUUGAAGCAGGGAUCAGGUGCAGGUGGAGAUGGGCUUGGCUCAAAUUGGAGACCAAAACAAAAAAGCAAAGAAAUUAGGCAAACUUAAUUUUAAUCUGAAAUUUGUACAUCAACAUGUACUUGGUGUAAGUACAAUGUGUAAAUAAAAUUUCUGCGUGAAGAAAAUGUGUUUAUUUUUCCUUAUAGUACUCUUCCGGAUUGCUUAAUUUAUUUUAAAAUUUAAAAAAUUAUCUGCGGUGGCCCGGGGGAUCCCGCCAGACCCCGUACAAGGUUGUUGUUGGUUUUUUGUCACCUUUUUCAUGCAUUUGGUGUGUGCAUGUCUUGAGUUGAAUCAUGAACAUAUUUGAAGUCAAUCAGCUUGAUUACUGCUUCGAUGCUAAUCAUACAUUUACAGAAUACUGUACGUGUCGAUGUCAAGUCUUAACAUGAAACAAUUUUGUCAAAUGCCUGAGAUCCAAAUCAUUUGAUUUGAAGCCCUUGAGUUUUGAGUGAAAUUGAUUAGCGGAUGUCCUCAUACCUCACACUGUUUUCUAUUGUUUGUGUUUUCCUUUUUUGCUGCAUUCCCCAAAGUAAUAACGUGAUGCCAGAUUACCCAGGGGCCUUCAUCUCAAGUGACCUUUACACCUCCGUCUACAGAUACUUUCUCCUGCGCCCCUCGCCUCCCCCUCCCCCAAAACAACAGCAUCGCCACACAUUAAAAACUAAAUGAAGAUAAGCUGUUCAUUGAAACUGUGAACGUGUCGCCAAAGAUGACCAGAUGGAUUUCCACAGUCUUUUAAUUGGGAUGACAUUCAGCCAUGUGUGUGUGUGUUUGUGUGAGAAUAGCAAAGGUUAUUCAAAGAGCAAGGUACACAGCUGAAGCAUGCCAUCGUUUCAGCUACAAUGUGAUGCAGAGUCAGUCUGUCUCAGCAUCUUCUCGUGUCCUCAGAACACCAGCGUGCUGAUGAGAGCAGCGUGUUGCGACCACUCGAAUGUCAUGUGGCUCAUUGUCAUGGCCAGUCAGGGAUCCUGGCUCCAAAUGCUCCUGGGGGGAGGAUACAAAUUAGCCAUGGAUGCUACCUAUUAAUGGACAUUACUCGACACGUAUUAUAGUUUGUAGUGAUGUAGUAUAGUUUUAAAUCCGCAUGUGCCAGGUCGGUGGUGCCUUAUCUGUAUGUGUGUCCAUUGUUUGCUUCGGGUUUGCUUGGUUGGCACGUUCGCUUCAUUGUUCUGAGGUUUAUGGUCUGACUCUGUGGUGUUUGCUUGCUGUCUCUGUGUUUGCAUGGGUUUAUUUUAGGUAGAGUAAUUCGUUUUGUUUUUUUUGUAUAGUGUAUUUUAUUUCAUAGUUGUCACCACAGUACCUCAUUGUUAGCACUUCUGCCCGACAGCAGAAAGGUUCUGGGUUCAAAUUUUGGCCUGUGCUCGUGUGGCUUUUCUCCAAGACCCUCGCUUCCUCCCUUGCCUUCAAAAAACAAACAUGUUGGUUGGGUCUGGGUGGGAUGACCCUCUUCGUCGGUAGUUGUCCUGCCUAAUGGGCCCGACCUGCAGUAGCCAUGCCUCGUAAUCACUCACUUAGCACACACUCACACCAUUCACUGUAUAUAUUUUUCUCACUAAACACAUCUGGGUACAUACACAUAUCAAAGGGUUCCUGGGUGACUGGUAUGGGAUCGGGUUUCAGCACAUCUGUGCCGUUUCCCAGUUAAAAGUUUAAAAAAGCAAUUAAACAUAAAACAAUACAACUAGAAUUUUAAAAGAAUUAAAAUGAUAAAACAGGUAUAUAAUCUCAUUCAGAUUAAAAAUGGAUGGUUUGCGGCUUGUCAAACGUGCAGAGGUUGGCGAUUCCAAAGUGUGGGACCAGCAUCAGAAAAAGCUCUAUCAUCGCUGAGCUUCUGCGAAGAACUCGGUAUCUAGCAGCUGCAUGGUCAGCUAACCUGAGGCAAAUUGUCAAAACUAGACAGAUGACAAAAGAUUUGCUUUCAUUCAUUGAGUGGGCGACCCAACUAUUUGUAUACAAUAAAUAAAAAGUCAAUUUUCAAUAACAUGUCCACAAAUCAGUGGUUUUACCCACUUGCCUCUUGUAGUGAUGUUGACGGUUGGUCAAGUGUGGGUUGAAAAGUAAUGAUAUUUUUGUAAAAUGAUUCACGUCAUGGGGAAUAAAACACAUCAUCAGCGGAGGGGGCGGGGCCAGGCCAGGAGGCUCCUAUAAAAGUAGGAUGGCUGCUCCAUCAUUGAAGACACACACAGUCACACACUGUGUGAGAUUCAGGGCACCAUGAAGGGUCUGACGGUGAAAAACAUGUGCCGGUGUGGCUUAUUGACUUGCUUUGUCUUCUUCUCUCUCGCUUCUAUCAGCACAGCUGAUAGCUUUGACCUCACUGAUCUGAGGAAUAAAGUGGCCAAAAUUAAACUGAAUCCCAGAGGGAACCUUUGGGCAACAGGGCAUUUCAUGGGCAAGAAGAGUGUGAUGGAUACCCCGCUGCUCUCCUCCACUGAGGACCAGGGGGUGGGGGCCUUGGCGGUCUCCCAACCAUGGGGGCGCAGUAGCCUCAGUGAGCUUUUCCAGGACUUCCUGCGGGUGGCCAUGCAAGCACAGAUUGACUCGCAAGAGAGCCGCUUAAAAACUCAGGAGGCAGAGAUGUUGAUGAGGAUUUUGGAAACCUACACACAGAGAAAGUGAUGCACCGUGAUGGCCAUUACGGAUAGUCCACUGCUCACAAUGAUUGUCAUCUAUUUUCAUUUUUGUACCAUUUGCAAUACUGGAUUCGUUUGUGUUGUUUUUCCAAAUACUACAAUAUUUGAUCUUGUUUGCUUAUUUAUAGUCAGUCAUCAGUUCUACUGCUGUCACUCUGUGCUGAUAUGCAGGAAAAACAAGACCUCAGAGGAUUGUAACAUCAUCUAUUACCUAUUGUGUGAGCUUCUUCCCUUUUUCUGCACAAACACAUCCAAAAUAGUACUUGCACUGGGUACGGAAAAUAUUCAGACCCCCUUAAAAUUUUCACUCUUUGUUAUAUUGCAGCCAUUUACUAAAAUCAUGUAAGCUCUUUUUUUCCUCAUUAAUGUACACACAGCACCUUAUAUUGACAGAAAAAAAUUAAUUGUUGACAUUUUUGCAGAUUUAUUACAAAAGAAAAACUAAAAUAUCACACAGCCAUAAGUAUUCAGACCCUUUGCUCAUUAUUUAGUAGAAGCACCCUUUUGAGCUAAUACAGCCAUGAGUCUUUUUGGGAAUGAUGCAACAAGUUUUUCACACCUGGAUUUGGAGAUCAUCUGCCAUUCCUCCUUGCAGAUCCUCUCCAGUUCUGUCAGGUUGGAUGGGGAACAUUGGUGGGAAGCCAUUCUCAGGUCUUUCCAGAGAUGCUCAAUUGGGUUUAAGUCAGCGCUCUGGCUGGGCCAUUCAAGAACAGUCACGGAGUUAUUCUAGCUGAAUAACUGGGAUAGGCUCCAGCACGCCCGCGACCCUAGUGAGGAGAAUUGUCUUGUUGGAAGGUGAACCUUGGGCCCAGUUUGAGGUCCUGAGCGCUCUGGAGAAGGUUUGCGUCCAGGAUAUCCUUAUACUUGGCCACAUUCAUCUUUCCUUUGAUUGCAACCAGUCGUCUUGUCCCUGCAGCUGAAAAACACCCCCACAGCAUGAUGCUGCCACCACCAUGCUUCACUGUUGGGACUGUAUUGGACAGGUGGUGAGCGGUGCCUGGUUUUCUCCACACAUACCGCUUAGAAUUAAGAAGAAAAAGUUGGUCUCAUCAGAUAAGAUAAUCUUAUUUCUCACCAUCUUGGAGUCCUUCAGCCCUGACUGGUGGAAGGCUGCAGCGAUGGUUGACUUACUAGAACUUUCUCCCAUCUCCCGAGUGCAUCUCUGGAGCUCAGCCACAGUGAUCUUGGGGUUCUUCUUAACCUCUCUCACCAAGGCUCUUCUACCCCAUUGCUCAGUUUGGCUAGACGGCCAGCUCUCGAAAGGAUUCUGGUUGUCCCAAACCUCUUCCAUUUAAGGAUAAUGGAGACCACUGUGCUCUUAGGAACCUUAAAUGGAGCAUUUGGUUUUUUUUUGUAAUCUUGGCCAGAUCUGUGCCUUGCCACAAUUCUAUCUCUGAGCUCUUCAGGCAGUUCCUUUGACCUCAUGAUUUUCUUAUUUGCUCUGACACGCACUGUGAGCUCUAAGGUCUUAUGUAGACAGGUGUGUGGCUUUCCUAAUCAAGUCCAAUCAGUAUAAUCAAACACAGCUGGAGCACCAUCUGAGGGAUGAUCAGAAGAAAUGGACAGCACCCGAGUUAGAUAUAUGACUGUCACAGCAAAGGGUCUGAAUACUUAUGGUUGUGUGAUAUUUCAGUUUUGCUUUUUUAAUAAAUCUGCAAAAAUUUCAAUAAUUAUUUUUUUCUGUCAAUAUGGGGUGCUGUGUGUACAUUAAUGAGGGGGGGGGAAAUAACUUCAAUGAUUUUUAGCAAAUGGCUGCAAUAUAACAAAGAGUGAAAAAUUUAAGGGGGUCUGAAUACUUUCUGUACCCACUGUAUACAGCAUGUUCAUUUUGGAGGCUUUUGUUCCUAUUUAACUGCAUAUUGCGUCUAUGUAUAUCUCAUAUAUACUGUAUAUAUACAGUAUGUGAUGGCAUUGUGAUAAAAUACAAACAUG